CAGUGUUUACAGUGUCUUCUGAAAUGUGAAGAAGCGUCUCUCAACAAUGAGGUUUGUGGUUCCUUAUAAUUUAUUGGUAAAGAGCUUUACAUUUUGAGGGAGCCGGUAAUUACAGCUCAUUCCUGGAGGGUUAUGUCAGUUCUAUUUAUCAGCAACAGAAUAACACUUAAGGCUGACAUAAGAUUAUGUGCCAUGAAGCAUUAGCUGUAUUGUAAGUCGGUUUUUAGCUGUAUAAGUGCUGUUCGUUCGGAGUGAUGGGGAACGCCGAGAGCGUCGUGGCGCAGAAACGACUGGCCCGGUUUCGCCCAGAUGAACGGCCUGUCAUUGAGAAAGUGUUUGAUCGCCUGCAAGAGGCUGGGAGCGCUAGGAAGGUUCUAACGCUGGACGCGCUGAAGCUGAGCGUUAGGGACGCGGCUCCGACCUCCAUGACCGCGCGGCUCUUUCAGAGCAUGCGCAGCGCAGACACGGCCGUGCCAGCGGCGGACAGCGGCGGAGUCACCCGAGAGCAGAUGCUCGUGUUCCUCGCGGACGUACUGCGUGGCACGGCGGAAGAGCGCGCGCCACUUGUCGUGGCAAUGGCCGGUGUGUCAGAGGGGAGCGUGGUCACGGUCACCCAGAUCAGAGAGUUUUUGGAGGACCUGAUCUCAGCAGUGGUGCAGUGUUUGAUCCACAGUGGGCAGUUGCAGGGCUGGAAACCAGACCGCAUGCAGGACAGUGAUCGCGGAGUGAAACUACUGGCUGAGCAGUUAUGUUCAGAGCUGAAAUGCACAGACCAGCAGGUCUGCGACAUCCCUUGCCUGGAGAACUGGCUUUUUCGGACGUCUGUGCCUCUGUACCUGGAGUUCCUCAGCAUGGAGGCCCUUGGCAUCUGCCUGCCAUCCCGGCCACCCCUUGUCCUCCUGCCACCGUGCCAGGACGUGCCGUGGCGUGAACUGCGCUCCAUCCUGGACCUGCCGCUUCUGCUCUUCCUGGCGCCGCAACUCCCCGACACCAAGGGCGCCCCCUGGAGGCUGCUGUUCUCCUCGCGGCUGCACGGCGAGAGCUUUACCCGCCUGCUACGCGGCUGCACCUGCCAAGGGCCAAGUGUGCUGCUGAUCCGAGACACUGAUGGGUACACCUUCGGGGGAUUCGCCUCUCAGAGCUGGGACACCAGGCCGCAGUUCCAGGGCGAUUCCCGCUGCUUCCUGUUCUCUGUCACCCCUUCCCUGCGUCUGUACACCUGCACCGGAUACAACCAGAACUACAUGUACCUGAACCACGGUCAGCAGACCAUGCCCAACGGCCUGGGAAUGGGCGGUCAGCACGACUAUUUUGGCUUGUGGCUGGACAGUGACUAUGGGCAGGGACACAGUCGGGCGCGGCCCCGCUGCACCACCUAUGGCAGCCCCCAGCUCUCUGGCCAGGAGAACUUCACCCUGGAUGCCCUGGAGGUCUGGGGCGUGGGGGAACCCCCAGAGAACCAGCAGACCCAGGUGAAGCGCAGCAUCCUGGAUGCUGACCCAGAGGCCCAGAUCAUGAUGGAGAUGGCUGGGAAGACCCGGCACAGCCAAGGCCUGAGAGAGCCAGAAGAGGGCGAGCAGGACUGAGAGAGAGUGACGGAGCGCGAGCGAAAGAGGCGGCAGGAGAGGCGGCUACAUGGCAGAGCGACUCAGAGUGCUGAGGGCGCAGACGGCUGAGGGCGCAGGCGGCUAACGUCACUCUCUGAAGGCAGCUCGUGUGGCUCCGAAGAUCCAGCACUUAAAAACAAUCAUUAGUUAAUAAUGACUGUAAUAAUCAUAAUUUAUUUUAAAAUAGUCUGAGCUGCUUCAUAGUGUUUGAAUAGUGGGGUUUGACUGAAGUGGCUGCGUCAGUGGUGACCCAUUUGGAGAGAUGGGAAGCCUGUUUCUCCUGCAGUCUCCUCUUAUGUGAGGGGGCUGUGACCCUUGGUUCCCCCACGGAGGGAGGGGGAACUCGACAGUAACUGCAGGCAGGCAUUCUGAGGUCACGCUUUCCCAGGAGGUGUGACAUCAUGAUAAGCCACAGACUAUCUUUAGUAUCUUUAUCUUUACACAGAGGAGGACAAGCACAGACCUUUUUUAAAGUAUGUUCAGGAACCACCUAAAGCUUAAAAAGGGUUUUAGUGUCUAUAAUGUAUAUUAUAACCAUUACACUGGUGUUUGAAUUGAGGGGAAUUUGCCCAAUGAGAGAAAAAAUUAUGCACCUGGGUGGGUGUCCCUUAAAAUUAACAUUUUACUGGUUUCAGUACUCCCCCACCCCCUUUGACAUAUUUCACCGUCACCCCCCUCCCCCCUCAGUCAUGCUUGGCCUACCCACCAAGGGACCCCCCNCCCCCCCCCAAGACAUCUGACACAAUUUAAAUGCUGCAUUAUAUGGUGUAAUCUAUGUCCUGCAUUGUGGUAAAGUUUGGAAACUUCUCUUUUUUGUAUUAUGUCUUGCUUUCCUAUUGAUCACCAUUUAAUUUUUAUGUCAUUAACUUUACCCCUUUGUGGACAGUUCGCUGUUAUGGCUGAGCUUUGAGCGGCGACGGGGGACGCCACACCACAGCAUUGUGUGAGCUUCCACAAACACACGCGGCACUGUGUACCUCGCAGAAAGAUUUACAUGUGGUUUAUGUUUCUGGAUGGAAACUUCUCUCUGGAAACAGAACACGGCUGCUGGAAUGUUCUUAAAUUUACAGUGCUGUGCAGAAGUCUUAGGCAGCCAAAGAAAAUGAUGUUUAAAUGAUCUUCAUGUUUAGUGGAAAACUAUGCUGCCUGUCAAAGUGAGUCAGCUGAGUCAUUUCAGAACUUCUGCUAAAAUCACCCUGGUAAUCGCCAUGUAUUUUUUUGACUCGAGCACUAGCACACCUUGUAUUGCUAAUCAAUAUCUCAUUUACUUUGUAUAACUAAUUUGGUUAAGUGAGCUGGUGGUGAAAUUUAAUAAAUACAUGGAAUGUCUGAAGUGCUCCUGAGGACAGGUUUGGGAACUGAAGCCGUGUUUAACUAGACAUCCAACUAGAUAUUAGUAACUUUUUGGAGAACAGAGGAAAUACGUGUUUUUAUUGUGUUACUCCUAAUUUGCAUUUAUUCAAAAUUGUGAUCUGUGUUCUGAGCAAAUAUACCCUUUCUACACAGAUAAAUAGGUUUAAACAUUUCUUUUGACUGCCUAAGACUUGCACAGCACUGUAAGGACAUCAUGUCUCUACUCUGGGUGUUUGUUCUUUUUCUUAAUGUUCUUUAUAUCUCACAACUUAAUUUUUGUUCCUGUUAAAUACCUUGUUCAAAGGUAGACAUUUGUCUAGUAGUGAAAUACCUGAAAUGAUUCUUUUAAGAAAAUAACUUUUGGCUCUUGAUUUUUUUAAAAAUUAUUAUAAUGGAAACACUUGACCUACGGAAGACGAUUAGGGCCACCAUGAAAAUAUUAUUUGAAUUCUGACUUUAAUCUCAGAAUUCUG